UGACCCGGAACUGCUGAGGCGGCCGCGGGGGCCGGCGCUGGGCUCUUCUCGGGCUUUCCCCCGGCGCCUCUCCGUACCCAGCCCUGUUCUCCGCUCGUGCCUCCCUGCAGGUCGCCGGCCUGGCUCAGCCCGGUCCUCCGCAGCCGCUGGGCCCCAGCCGUCGUGCCCACGCCUGGCGGGGCGCCCGUGGUGGGUCGGCGGUGAGGUGAUUUCUUAGGAGGCACAGAAAUCUUUGAAGGGCCUUGUACCCUCCUGAAGGAUGGCAGAAGCAGUGUUGGUUGAUUUCUUUGGUUUGAAAUUUAACUCUCAGAAAAACAGUCAUCAGGCAUUACUAAAGACAUUGAAUGCUGUCAGAUACCACCAUGCUGCCAAAGCCAAGUUUCUUUGUAUAAUAUGUUGCAGUAACAUCAGCUGUGAAAGGGAUGGUGCACAUAAUCACUGUGAAUUAGAAGCAAGCAAUGGAUUAUCAACUCUCUUGAGAGGAUUUGAGACUGUUAGCAAUCCUAGUAUGGCUGCCUCUUUGUAUACUAUUAAGCAAAAAAUUGAUGAAAAAAAUUUGACCAGCAUUAAAGUAAUUGUACCCAUGCACCGGAAGACAUUACUGAAGGCUUUUAUUGAUCAACUCUUCACCGAUGUUUACAGUUUUGAGUUUGAAGACUUACGGGUGACUUCGAGGGGAGAUCCUUUGAAACAAUCCACUGAAAUAAACAUGAUCACAGCUCAAGAAGUAGAAGCAAUCCAGAAUGAAAUUCAAACAUAUUUGAGAAGCCUGCCAGCACUGAGAGGAGAGUUAACCAUUAUCACAUCUCCUUUAAUCUCAGCAGAUAUUUUCUUACACGGAUUUACUACAAGAACAGGUGGAAUAUCCUACAUCCCAACUCUUAGCUCAUUCAAUCUCUUCAGUAGUUCCAAAAGGAGAGAUCCCAAGGUCGUUGUUCAAGAAAAUCUGCGUAGGUUGGGAAAUGCUGUAGGAUUUAAUGUGGAGAAAUUUUACCGAAUAAAGACUGAUCAUGCCAAUGAUGUCUGGAUUAUGGGAAGGAAGGAGCCUGAAUCUUAUGAUGGAAUCACCACAAAUCAGAGGGGAGUCACAAUAGCAGCUCUUGGUGCUGACUGUAUACCAAUUGUUUUUGCUGAUCCUGUCAGAAAAUCAUGUGGUGUUGCUCACGCUGGUUGGAGGGGUACUUUGCUAGGUGUUGCUAUGGCUACAGUGAAUGCUAUGAUCACAGAAUAUGGGUGUAAUUUGGAAGACAUUAUUGUUGUACUGGGACCUUCAGUAGGACCUUGCUGUUUUACUCUGCCAAGGGAAUCAGCAAAGGAAUUUCAUAGUCUUGAUCCUGAAUGUGUACGGUUAUUUGAUUCACCAAAUCCCUACAUUGACAUUCGUAAAGCCACCAGGAUUCUUCUAGAACGGGGAGGAAUUCUACCACAGAAUAUUCAAGACCUGAACCAAGAUCUUGACCUCUGUACAUCCUGCCAUCCUGACAAGUUUUUCUCCCAUGUCCGAGAUGGCCUUAAUUUUGGUACACAGAUUGGCUUCAUAUCAAUUAGAGAAUGAGAUACUUGACUGGAUUUUUAUGCAACUGUUUCUUGCCUCCUUCUAAACUGACUACAAGAGGGAAAUUUAGCUGUUUGAUUUACUUAAAACCGAGAGGAUUAAAUGGAUAAUUCAUCUUUUAGGUAUAUUUUCAUUAUUAAUCCAAAGCUAAAUGAGUUUCAUUUGAUUCCAGCAAAAUCUAGAUGAAGAUUAUUCUUUAGGUUUGUUCUGUUUGUUAUAUAAAUCAGUAGUAGGGCUGUCCAGUUCAGUAUUUACUGGGUAUACCCUAUUUGUCAGGCAUUGUGUGAAGAAUAUCUGAAUCAAAGUGAGUUAGACCUUUUCACCUUUAGUCUAAUGCAGUGAAGGAGAUAAACACUUAUAAUACUUAAAUUUAAUUUUGAUAGCAGCAGAAGAGUACAGAAGAAGGAAGGUUAUGGAAAGUGCCAUAGAGAAUAUGAUGUAUCAUAUGGGCCCAAAAGAUGUACAGGCUUUUGAUAAAUGAAGAAUAGCCAUAACAGGUAGAGGGAAUACCAUGAACUAGGGCUAUGAAAUUGAAAGUGUAAACCAUGUUCUAGAGAGAGAAGGGUGUAGGCAGAAGUUACUAGAAAAACAGGUUGGAAAGAGAUUAGUUAGUCUCAAAUGCCAUGUCAAAGAGUGUAGGGUUGAUUUUCCAGGUAAAGAAUAAACACAAAAAACAGGGUAGUGUUUUUAUUUCCUUAGCAUCACUUGUAACAGGAUGGAUUUAAAUUGUGAGAGACCACAGCAGAAAGAUGUAUUUAAGAGGCAAAAUAUUUUUAAAAAGAAACAAUGAAGGCAGUGGAAAUUAAGAUGGAUCAGACAUAGAGCCCAUAGAUCCUCUUAAUAGAUAACAAAGAUGACAGCUAAGGAGGGGAGAAAUUACUGAUGACUCUAAGCUUUCUGCUUGGUUGUCUAUCAAGAACAGCAACAAACGGAAGGAAGAUGUUUGGGAAAAGGGAGAACAGUGAGUUUGACAUGCGGACUGAAGUAUAUCCAGUGGAUAUAUUUGGUCAAUGACUAGAAAUACAGACGUCACAUCUUGGUGGGAGCUGGUAGAAAGAUACAGAUUUAGAAGCUGGCUAUGCAGAGAUGAGGCCCAAGCUUGCCGGAGUAGGCUGAAUCAUCUAGGCAGAACUACACAGUGAGAAAAAAGGA